UACUGAUCAUCUUGACGUCAAAACAGGAAGUGCUUUCGUGCUAUCCGAGUGUAGUUGGAGUGAAAAUUGUACCGCUCAUUACGAAAAGAGGUAUAUGUUUCUUUGUGAGUCGUGAAAAAGUAAAGACGGUGUAUUCAAGGAAACAAAACACCUGACUUGUCGAAGAAAUUGCCGCAAGCCAUGCAGACCGAGAAAGAAGGAGAAGAUGAUGUCUCUCCUGAGGAGUAUGUUGCUCUGUCUGAUUUCACUGCAAGUGGUAGCGACCAGCUUAGUUUCAGCAGGGGGGACAGACUGCUCGUACACACCAAACCUCCAUCAGAGUGGUGGUGGGCAGAGCUGCAGGAGGUCAAAGGUUAUGUAGGGUUAGCUGAGGAUGAGGGAAGACUAAAGGACCCUUGGCAAGACGAAGAAUACUUUGGCAGCUAUGGUUUGACACGUAAAGACAUCCCGAAGCUUCACUUGGAGAUGUUGUCAGACAAGAGCCGCACUGAGGCGUACCGGCAGGGUGCCUCACUGAAGAACAAGGUGGUGAUGGACCUCGGCUGUGGGACUGGUAUCAUCAGCUUGUUCUGCGCUCAGCUGGCACAGCCCUCAUUGGUGUAUGCUGUGGAAGCGAGCUCCAUGGCGGAUUACACCCGGCAGCUGGUGAAGCAAAAUGGCAGUGAGGAGGUGGUCUCUGUGCUCCAGGCUCGAGCAGAGGAGAUCGAGCUGCCAGAGCGGGUGGAUGUCCUGGUGUCUGAGUGGAUGGGAAACUGCCUGCUGUUUGAGUUCAUGGUUGAGUCAGUUCUGCUGGCCAGGGACCGCUGGCUCAGGGAAGGCGGCGUCAUGUGGCCCUCGUCUGCAGCCCUCACCCUGGUGCCGUGUCAGGCCCACAGCUAUUAUGAUGAGAAAAUGGCCUUCUGGGAGCGACCCUACGGCCUGGACUUCACUCCGCUUCAGCCCCUGGCACAGCAGGAGUUCUUCACCAAGCCGAAGUUCAGCCACCUCAUCGAGACUGCCAACUGCCUCUCCACUCCCAGUGAUGUCAUCAGCCUGGAUAUGUCCACGCUGCAAAUCAAUGGCCUGGAGGAAAUAAAGGGUCAGUUUCAGUUUUGUGUGGCGAAACCCAGUGUUUUUCAUGGAUUCACCACUUGGUUUACGGCUCAUUUUGAGAGUCUGGAGACGGGAUGUCCACCAGUGGAGCCAAACACGGGGCCUCACUUCGAGCCUACACACUGGAAGCAGACUCUCUUCAUGCUUGACAACCCAGUAAGCGUGUGUGCAGGGGAGUCCAUCAGUGGAAGCGUUGUCCUGCACAGGAAUCCCGUGUGGAGACACCAUAUGACCAUCACCCUGCAUUCGAACAUUAACGGCAGCACAGAGGAAACAGAAAACUGCAAGGCAAACAUCUCAUCUACCCUUUUUUUUUUACCUUAUAAUUAGUGUUGCAUUGAUCUUAUCCAAUUACACUUUUAUGUUUCAUUCUUUUGCAGUGUGACUCUGCUUUACACAUACGACCCUUAAAUAGUCCUGACUUCACCUCUCAGCCCUUACUGUCUUUUUUUUGUUUUUUCUCUGUCCAUAGGUCGGUACAAAGAGUUUUCCUCUGUGGAGGUGACAGAUGCUCCAUCUGCAUGUGGAGCUGCAGAAAUGCAUUUCAGCUCUGGGUCUGUGAGGUAUCAGCUGCUGAUCUGGAAAACAGUGUGACAGUCCAGUAACAGCUCAUCUGGCAGCACAUGUAGACUUACAGAGUUAAAGCCUUUACAUUACAACCCCAGGUGAUUCAGCAUACCACGAGCAAUGUUACAAAGGAGACGAACACAGAAGUUAAGAGCUAAAAGUUAUUUUGGGAGAAUUAAUGUCACUUUGACUCAAAUGCUAACUGGGCUAGGAGGGCAUUACAGAAAUGUUCAUACAACAGCGUGUUAACAGAUAUUUGUCUCAAAGUGCAACAUAAUAAAUAUCCCCCACAUUAAGCUUUUA